GCAGCAUUUUGCUCAGCCAUUUGCUGAAGAGCUUUCCGUAACUAUGGAAACGCACGGAUCACUGGGACCGCAGCUAUGAUUUAAGACUGUGCAAAAGUAGUCCUCCACCACCCGCCUGCAAUCAUGUCGAGGCUCACCGGAGGCCCCACCAUGCUGGCGGUGGAAAGCAGGAGACUGAGAAGGAUCAUUGCUGAAAAUCCAAACUGGUCCUUGGCCCUUGUGCCCUUCUUGUCCACCCUCUGCCUCGAAUGUAUUGUGAAAAACUUUGAGGAAACCCCCAUCUAUGAGGAGCUUACACCCAGCCAGAGAGAUUUUGUGCAGGAGAGACUGUCGCCCUCUCUGCCGCUAUCAGUGACGGCCAACUUGGUUGACGACGGCGUCUACUGGCGGCGUUGCUGCGAGCAACGGUGGGACAUCUGCGACGUGUCUCACUACGGCCACAGCUGGAAGCGGAUGUUCUUUGAGAGGCACCUGGAAAAUAUCAUCGAACACUAUAUCCCGGAAACGACCCCCUUCAAGACGGUCGCCGAGGAAAUCCCGCUGUGCGAGGCCUACGUGAAGAGGCUGGACAUUUCCCAAAUGCUGCCGCCCAUCAAGGAGGGCAAGGUGGGGAUCGGACUCAACGUGGACUGGCUGAGCGAAACCGACUCAGACGCGGCCCACAUGGAACACUACGACUUCCGCAACCUCCUGAGCAUGUUGAGCUGCCUGGAAGAGUUCCACUUGACCUACUGGGUCAAACAGUGCGGAAUGAACUUCGAAUGGAAGAUGUUCGAGAUGGCUGAGCGAGACUGCGAGACUCUCUCCAUGGCUCUUGAAUCCUGCAAGACCUUAAAGGUAGUACGACUGUAUGAAAGUCACAUUGACGAUGACAAGUGUAAGUUGCUGGCUAAACACCUGGCGGAGCACCCCUCCCUGAGAGAGCUCAACCUCUCCCACAACGUGAUUGGAGACAGGGGGGCCAAGGCCGUGGGCAAGCUGCUCAGCAGCAGCAAACUGGAGGUCCUCAACAUGAGCGACAACGUUAUUCGAGACGUGGGAGCCAACGCCAUCGCGGACGCCUUGGCCAAUAACUGCGCCCUCUUGUCCCUCAACUUAAGAAUCAACCGGGUGAGCGAUGAGGGGGGGCAGGCCAUCGGCAAGGCCUUGCUCAACAACAGCGUCCUGCUUCAUUUGCACUUGGGAGCCAACCUCCUGACUGGCCCCAGUGCUGUCACGCUGUCAGAAGUGCUGGUUAAAAAUCAAACGCUAAAAACCAUCAACCUCUCCUGCAACAAAUUGGGCGUGGAUGGAGGCAAAGCUCUGGUGGAGGCCAUCACCCAGAACAGCUGCCUAACGGAAUGCGACGUCCGUCUGACGGAGGUGGACGAGCAGAGCGCCGCCGUCAUCAACCAGGCGGUCUGCAACAAUAAGAGCGCCUCCGUCACCAACCAGCUGAUUUGCGCCAACGAGAGCGCAUCCUUUGUCAAUCCGGCGGUGUGCACCGAUGACAGCUUAGAGCGAGAGGAACAGGACCAAGAGGACGACGAGGCACAACCAGAGGACGACGAGGCACCACCAGAGGACGACGAGGCAGAAGCGCAAGACGACGAGGCGCAAGAGCAAGAUGACGAGGGCCCAUCUGAAGCGCCCACUUCAAUCAACAGCACCUGAUGUACGUGGUUUCAUAUUUUCAUUUAUUAGCAAAUGACUUGAAUUCAAGUGUAAAAAGAAAUAAACUUCAUCAAAGGGUUCAUAACUCAAUUAUUAUAUAUUUGAUUAUAUUUGGUAAUUUCACCUCUGCAAUCUUAACUGGCAAAACUGAAUUCAGACGGAGACAACUACAGCUGCAAAGUUUUCUUCCUUUUUCACUUACUACAUGUUAAUUCCAAGAAGAUUGGGAUUGAUACACCUACUGUAAUUUCCGGCCUAUAAAUCGCGACUUCUUUCCACACGCUUUCAACCCUGCGGUUUAUGCGGUGAUGCGGCUAAUUUGUCCAUUUUUUUUCUCACGGCCGCAAGGGGGCACUCGAGCGGAAACAGGUAAGAGUGAGACCGGUGGAAUAUAUGUGCCGAGGAAGUGACUUUUACCGGUCCGGCCCUGUUAGCGUCGCGGUAGCGUAUUACUGCCGUGUCUCAGUGAUUUUUACCGGUAUGUUUUUUUUUUACCGGCCCUGUUAGCGUGGAGGCGCUAGGGUUAAACUCUGUUUAACUGUCUUUCUUUGUAAAUAUCUCAUGAUUCAAUGUGGGCACUUGCGGCUUUUACACAACUGUGGCGUUUGUAUGUAGCACAUAUUAUUUCCUUUUCUGGGUGAGGCUCAUAACCAGGUGUGCUCUGGAGGCCGGGAAUUACGGUAAUUCCUAUAAACUCUC